AGAAGCAGACGCUGCUCUUGUCAGCCAUCUCGUUAGCUUGCUAGCCAACAUAGCCGAAACAUUUGAGCCCAUUAGACACGUUCAGUGACGGUUAGCCACUGUGUUUUAAACCCACUUCUGUCGUAUCUACUAGUUACCCAAUUUACUGUCAUAUGUACGCUGUUGCUGUUAGUUAGCUAGCUGGCUUGUGUAACAGUAUAUUUUUAAACCGUCCCCUCGCCCAUACCCGAGCGCGAACCAGGGACCCUCUGCACACAUCAACAACAGUCACCCUCGAAGCAUCGCUCCACAAAAGCCGCGGCCCUUGCCGAGCAAGGGGCACUACUACUUCAAGGUCUCAGAGCAAGUGACGUCACCAAUUGAAACGCUAUUUAGCGCACACCGCUAACUAAGCCGUUUCACAUCCGUUACACUUGUUAAAUUGGCAAUAGCACUAGGCUAGUCGCUAAUUCUAACUAGCUAGCUAAGUGACAUCCUCGACCACGAGUUCACUGAGUUACUUGCACCCCGCUAAAGAAGAGGAGGCAUGCUGGGCGGAGGAAGAAGCUCUCGUGAAAGCGGAGAGGAGGCUGUUAAACAAGAAGAAGAGGAGGCAUGCUGGGCGGAGGAAGAAGCUCUCGUGAAAGUGGAGAGGAGGCUGUUAAACAAGAAGUAGAGGAUGAGGCUGUUUCAGUAGACAUUUCAGUGAAAGAAGCUUUCAGAGUGAAAGAGGAGGAUAUUAAUGUGAAAGAAGAGGAGGAGGAUGCGGUUUUUGUAGUGAAAGGAGGAGGGGGAGGAUGACUGACAAAGAAGUUUUGGAAUUGAAGGAGGGGGAGAUUGUCACAUUAGAGGAGGCUGGAGAUUUAAUGAACACCAGAGAGAGGCCAGACUCUCGCUCUGACAGCGGGAAGAGUCCUUCAGGGGAACCAGACCCAGAGACGCCCAAACCAGCGGGACGACAACACCCCACCUCCCAUUGUGGAAAGAGUUUUAAGAGGUUAUGGACACUAAAAGAGCAUGGGAGAACACACACAGGAGAAAAGCCUAACCACCGCUCAGACUUUGGGAAGAGGUUUUGCCAGAUAGACAGCCUGAAACGACAUAAGAGAAUACACACAGGAGAAAAUCCUCACCACUGCUUCCAGUGUGGCAAGGGUUUUACCCAUUUAUGUUACCUGAAAAUACAUGAGCGAAUACACUCUGGAGUGAAGCCUCAUCACUGUUCCCAAUGUGGAAAGAGUUUUACCCAUUCAGGGAGCCUGAAAAAACACGAGAAAACACACUCAGCAGAGAAGCCCUAUCACUGCUCCCAGUGUAGAAAAAUAUUUAUCAGUUUAUGGCACCUGAGAUCGCAUGAGAGGGCGCACACAGGAGAGAAGCCAUAUCACUGUUCUCACUGUGAAAAGAGUUUUACCCAGUUAGGGAACCUGAGAACACAUGAGUGGAUACACACACGUGAAAAGCCCUACCAGUGCUCCUUGUGUGGAAAGAGUUUUACCCAGUUAGGAAACCUGAACCAGCAUGAGAGGACACACACAGGAGGGGAUAAGGCCUACCACUGCUCCCAGUGUGAAAAUAGUUUUACCCGGUUAAGGCAUCUGAAUAAGCACGAAAGAAUACAUACACAGGAGGAGAAGACAUACCACUGCUCUCAGUGUGGACAGACAUUUUCCCAGUCAGAGGACCUGAAAUCACAUGAGAGAAUAGAGAGGCUGUGUUCUGACUUAUGUUUUUGAUUGAGAAUGUGUUUUUGUUUAUGCCACACAAAACCAAAAUUGUAUGUAUGAAAGCUUUUGGAAAAAAAUAAUAGGUCUACUUUUUAUUUUUUUAUCGAGACCACGAUCAUAUAUAGAAAAUCUGAUAUUAACAUUUUGUUUUGAUUAGGAACUUUGAUUGAUUGGAUGGUAUCAAUCCUUAGAUGUUCAUUUGAUGAUAUUUCAAAACGUAAACAAUGAAGUAGAUUUAUUGGAAGUUGCAUUUCUUUGUUUUAACCUUAAUCUCUUGAAUGUAGUUGUUUCAUGUCAUUCAUUUGUGUACGAUUCAUCAAGCUAAAAUGUGAUGACGUAGUUCUGAUGACAUUAAGUUGUUGACAUGAAAAACAUUCACGACCUCGUGAAUAUUCCCAUUAGUACUAUUCCACCAUGUCAGAGAAAACUCAGGUGUUGAUUGUAAAAAGGAUUUGAUUGAUGCAAAAUAUUGUGUUUGAAAAUGUUUUAACGUGGAACACCAAUAGAUCAUUAUAUACAUCUACAUGAUGUAUUGUUACACCAUACAGGAGCAGUAUAGACCUAGUCUGUUCAUUAUAUACAUCUACAUGAUGUAUUGUUACACUAUGUAGGAGCAGUAUAGACCUAGUCUGUUCAUUAUAUACAUCUACAUGAUGUAUUG